UGCAUUUCAGCUCUAAUGUCUCCAAACUGGCAGAUAUUACAGUCCCUGCAAAUGACAAUCCUGUCAAAGAACAUCCCCUUGUGCAUCCGAAUAUCACUGUCGGGAAGUUGUCUCCAAUUCGAGCUCGUACUAUGAAGGAGUUUGAAACAGAAAUUACUGAGCUAAAAAAAGAAAACUUUAACCUCAAACUUCGCAUUUACUUCCUGGAAGAGCGGGUGCAACAGAAGUUUGAUGAUGGCAGCGAGGAUAUCUUUAAGAUGAAUAUUGAACUCAAAGUGGAAUUGGAGAGUUUGAAGCGUGAACUGAAGGAGAAACAGGAACUUCUAGUCAAAGCUUCAAAAGCUGUGGAGAGUUUGGCGGGCAACAAUGAUGCAGAAAUUCAGCGAGUGAAAGAUGGCGCUCAGAAGGAGAUACUUCAGGUUAAACAGCUCCUCGGUAACCAGAUCCAUCUUUUAGAGGAGGAUGUUAAAACCACCCAAGCAGAAUUGGAAAAGAUGGCUGCUAUUGCAGAGCAGGAGAAGAUCAGGAGUAUGAAUCUGGAGAAACAGAUUUUGACAAUUAACAGACAGAACCAUAUGGGGUCACCUUCACUUCCAGAGCAAAGCAAGAACACCACCGAGACUGAACAGUUAAUUGAGCAGCUAAAUGAAACAGUAAAGAACAAAGAUGUUCUUAUUGAUCAGCUUCAAAGUGAAAAGGCAAAGAUGCAGGGCAGUCAUGUGAAUCCUUCAGAAAAGAUCCAGGAACUUACAGAGGCUCUUUUGAAGAAAGCUGGUGAAUCUGAA